UUGGACCGAAGGGUCUGUUUCCAUGCUGUACACCCCUAUGAAUCUCUGGUCAUCGAUCCUAUCAUCAUUGGGAAUGGUUUCUCCCUGCUGACUCUUUCCAGACCCCUUGUGGUUUAUGAAAACCUGGAUGAAAUCUUGUCUCCACCCACUCUACCAGUCCCAGUUCCUCCAACCUGUCUUCACAGCUGGAUUCCUCAGCCUGGAACUGUUCCUGUGAAUCCUGGCUGGCUGGAUAAAUGCGGUCGUGAGUGUGGGGACGGCUUGUCCAUAAGGUUGGAGGAGUGGGAUUUGGUGAUGUCUAGCCCGACUUGGCUUCCUCCAAAGUGCAGCAGUAACCUUCCGGAAAGCAUUCCCGCCCCGGUGUUGGGCACGCCCUCCAUCUCCGCAUCGACUGUUUACCGGGAGCAGCAGAGACUCGAACCCACCACCGGUGCACUCAAAUCCAAGCAGACCUUGUUAGUGCAAAAUGGCAAUCUGAGUGCAGGAGGGCCAGUACGAUACACAGCACCGCAACCAGGACUAGAAUUGCAGGCGCCUGCCGAAGGUUCUGGGUUGUUCCAGCCCUCGACAACCAUGUCUGCUGAGCAUCGCUACCCCCCGGGGUCAGGAGCCAGGGAGGAGCGGACCCCUGUGUCAUGGAGUCAGGCACAACCACAGGUGCCCCAUGAGACACAGACAAGGCCUCUGGAGAAGCCUGUGAAUCGCCCCUCAAGUAUCGACGCAGAGAUUGACUCGUUGACCAGCAUGUUGGCUGAUAUGGAGAAUAACUCACCGUUCCAACCCCGGACUAGACAGAAUUAUGACAGUAGCAUUGCUCCAGGCAUGACUCCCUAUCAUUCCCAACCAGCCAACAUUCCAGCCAAACAACUGCCCACGUACAAACCCAUGGCUCAGCCGUCUGUUACCAUGACAACAAAGGCACCAGGGCAGGCUGAGGCCUACUCUGCCUCUAGGCCAGUUGCCUAUGGCAACACCUCCCACCCUCCAGCCUAUAGCACCUCAGCACAUCCUGGGGCCUACAACACUGCCUCCUCGCCUCAGGCUGGGGCCUACACUUCAGCCUCUGUUCCGAGACCGUACCCUCAGCCUGUGGCAGCUUCCUACACCACAGCCUCGACAUCCACGGGCCCAGCCUUCAACGUGCAGGUCAAAGUGGCCCAGCCAGUGCUAAAUUACACCCAGCCCGGUCGCCAGGCCGAGCAAGCCUAUGCGCCUCCCCCACCACGACAGAUCUCCCCCUCCUACUUUCACCAGCACCCUGAGCCGGCCUACCGAACCCAACAGCACAGGUAUCCCGAGCUGGCAUACGUUUCAGUCCCUCAGGCCCCAGAGCCCCCCCAGGCCUCUCCGAACUGGUACCCACCUGCCCACUUUGGGGGAUCUCCCAGCCUCCCGGACACGUCCUACGGCCCUGAGGGAAUGUACGGGAAUGCCAGGAAACCGGAGCACUCCUUCUAUGGAGGAGGCUCCAAAUUGCCAGGACAGGCAUACCAGCCAUUAGGAAACAAGAAGGGCAGUUACAGUGAGGAACUACCCCCUCCACCACCGCCACCUCCACCAACCAACACCAGUCACCACCUGAAGGCGCCAUGCGGACCUCCUGCAGGGGGUCAGGCCCAAGUCAGCAGGCCAGAGGAAGAGCUCGAUCAGAUCACCAAGAAACUGGUCCACGACAUGAACAACCCCCCGACCGAGGAGUAUUUCGGACGUUGUGCUCGCUGUGGGGAGAAUGUGGUUGGAGAUGGGACUGGCUGCAUUGCCAUGGACCAAGUCUUUCAUGUCGAUUGUUUCACCUGCAUGACCUGCCGCUGCCGAUUGAGAGGCCAGCCCUUCUACGCCAUUGACAAGAAGUCAUACUGCGAGUCCUGUUACAUCAACACUCUGGAACAGUGUUCCGUUUGCUCCAAAGCUAUCAUGGACAGGAUCCUGCGAGCUAUGGGUCGAGCCUAUCAUCCCCAGUGCUUUACCUGUGUUGUCUGUCACCAGUGUCUGGAUGGGAUCCCAUUCACUGUGGAUGCUACCAGCCAGAUCCACUGCAUUGAGGAUUUCCACAUGUACGUUGCCCUGUGUUAUAAAUACUAAAGAUCUCUCUAUUCU